AUGCACCACCAACGUCGCAAGUCCGGCCACGGCUCGACCAACCCUUCCAUGACCGAUGUUCGCAAGGCUGUCACCGCCUCCGAUUUGUCCAGACCAAAGAGGCCUCAGACCUUGUCGAGGAGGACAACGCCGUCUGUCGUUCAGAAGCUCGGAAAGAAUCCCAGAGACAGGGAACGGGAAUGGGAUGAGGAGCGAGGAUGGGAAGAUGAGCGCGAGAGCUUUCCUCAGUUCUGCAUGACCUGCGAGAAGCAAUUCAUCCCCUCUGGAGAGAAACACUUGUACUGCUCUGAAUCAUGCCGCAAGCAUGACCAGACCCCAAGUUUGAUCACCUCGCAAUACUCUUCGGCCAAGAGCCAUGACAGCUAUGGCAGCAACCUGCCAUUCUACUCGGCUGGCAACUCAGAGCCCCGCGACAUUAUCCCGCGAGCCUCACCGUCGCGACCCAGCUCGACGUACUUUUCGCCCCCUUCCACGCCCACCAGCUCCCAAUACACGAGCGCGGUAUCUGCCUUGAGGUCUCUGUCUAUCCGACCACCAAGCCCGCCUUCGCCGACAACGAGCACAUCGACGCUCUGGCCAUUCACCAAGACGUCCACCACUAGCCCGAGCACUUCCUACACGAAGCCAGUCAACUUUUAUUCCUCGACAUACGACAGUGGUUAUGGCGCAUCUGGCUACGCUUAUGGAUACGCCACAGCCAGCAUGACACCAGACCGCCCACUGCCGUCUAGGAAGCCAGGAGGCUACAGCCGACCCAAGAGCAUUGAACUAGUGACUCCCAUGGUCGGCCGGUAG